CGCCAGCAUAAUGUCACGUGCCACAUACAGCCACGCGCGACUGGACCGUCACAUCACACCCAAGACAUCUAGACCCCGGUAUGUCCUGAAAGCACCAGAGCGCCAAGUCGCUUUUCGACAGGAGCAUAUCGCAGAAGAUAAAACCAAAUUAAUCCUCAAACCACACGGCGACGCUCAAUCGGAGAAUGCAUAUAAAAUCGCACAUGAAGAAGGCGCCCCCGCAUUCACAGCAACUGGUCGGAAACAUAGUGAUCGCUCCUGUCGGGAAGUCCGCGACGCCUCGGGUCUGCCUUUAUUUGAUAUCCACAAGAAGCCGCUUUCGAGUCCCUUUAGUUGGGUCGUUACCUUGCCCGGGGGCAAACCCAGUGCGGAUGCGGCAAUAGCCAGAGCGACGCCCCACUGGAGCUGGGGCAGCAUUAAUCUGAAUUUUCUGUUUCGCAACGGCGCUGCUGUCGAGAUGAAAAAUGAAGCAGACAAGGAGUUGUCAUUGACGGUCAAGAAACAUGGAGAGGCCCUGUCAUUCUUUGAUGUUGUGGAUGGUGAUAGAAGAAUUGCCGAUAUACGCGAGAGUAUCACCCACAAUGAGAAAUUGGCCUUGAGGAGGGGCUCCCGCGGAGGAAGCCAUCGGCCUGCGUUGGACUUGAUUAUUGCUCCAGGAAUGGAUAUGUCAUUGGUGGCAGUGAUUGCGAUCAUUGUGUCGGAUUGGUUUUUCGGGUCAGACUAAAUGGAAGGCUUUGAAAAGCUGUGAAUUGAAAUAGACUACAAGCGAAACAAUAUAUAAUUCAAGGG